AAUGGAUCAACAGCCAUAAGUAGAACUUGAUGAGGAAUAAUAAUUGGAAAAUGAGAUCAAAAAUAUGUCUGCUUACUCUAUUUAAUUAGUUUGGAAGAAGUAUAAGACUCUGAAGGCUAUUCGUCAAACUGUAAAAUCUAAAAGAGAGCCUUUAGUUGUGUAUUACUCUUCCAUUGCUACAAAUCAAAAGAUUAGAUCUGAUCAGAUGCAACUUUUUCAUAUGUUGAAAGUCAAGAAUAUUAGAUUCUUUAAAUUUGAUCUUGUUGACAACAAAAUGGCUUAAGGAUGGGUCAAAGAUAUCUUAAAUAGAUAUCAAUUGCCAUUUAUUACUAUUAAUAAUAUAUUUGUUGGGGGAUAUAGUGAAUUUGAAAUCUUAUAUGAAUUGGAACUCUUACCUCGAAUAAUAAAGAAAGGUAACAUUAUAAGCAUUAUUUUUAAUAGAUUAUGAACAAAUGUGCAUAUUAUGUGAUGAACCAAAAGUAGGAGAUGAGUGUCCUAAUUGUAAAAAGCCUUAUGAUUUCUUCAAGAAAGACUGAU